AUGUCAAUUGAGAACAGCGCCUGGAAGAAAAUGGUCGAACAUGUUGCUGCUAACUCUGAUGUAUAUGGAAAAUAUGCAUCGCGAAAAGCUCACAAAUUGGCAUCUUCAUUUAAGGAUGACAAAGAUUCGGAAGAAGUACAGAAGUUCUGGGAACAACAAAGAAUCUCCAAACUCGAUCAUCAGUUGGAGGCCGUAUCAAAAGAAACCAAAUUACAAAUGGCCAUUGCAGAUCUCAAAUAUAUUGCCAACAAAUCUGAAGAAGCGACAAUUCAUUCUGAGCUUAUUGGAGAAAGACGACAUCAAAUUUUGGAAAGUGGACUGAGACCAAAGAACUAUCGUGAUGAGAUUGACAGCUUUUUUCAAAGCCCUCCUGAAGGAAGAAGUAAUGAAGAAGGCAAGGUGGAAAAGCAUAUCCAUAAGGGAGAUGAGUUGUCCUGUUGCUCCAAUUGUGGUAUGGAGAUUAAUAUUUCUGGAUCUGUGAGAAUGUGUCCAUACUGUAGAGGAGAUAUUGUGAAUGGGUCAGUUUCUGAAGAACUUGAUUAUGAGAUGGAUGAGGAAAGUGAUACAGAUAAUGAGGACGAAGAAGAUAAUAGUCCUCCAAAAGUUGAUAAAGUUGCCUUCCGUGAAGCUCAUGGUGCUAUUCCACAUUACUCAAAGUUACGAUUAAGCACAGGUAAAAUAGUAGAAGAUGUUCUUUUUGAAUUUGCAAAAGAUCUGGAUUAUGAACACCAUGCCCAUUCGUACAUCGUGAACUGUGAUGAUCAGAAUAUAAAAGCUUUGUUCACCAAUGCGGAAUGGGAAGAAUUAACUAAAGAUAGAAUUAGGAUUCCCCCUGUUCCGAACGAAAUUGUAAAAGAAAUGGCAAGAUAUGGGAAAAAAACUUUAGAAGAACUACGCACAAUUGUAAUGACGACGUAUCUUAAAGAUGAAGAAAAAUAUGAUAUCCGUAAACAUUACGAUAAAGAAUGGAUUCAGGUGGCUAUGCGCGCGCUAUGUAAUUUAUAUGAAAAUACGGAUUCCCCGAUGAUAAGAAACCAAUAUGAAGACUGGUACACGGUUGCAAUUUUUGGAUCAUGCAUCGAUUUCUGUGUUAGGGACACACAACUAGGAACGGACAUUAAGAGAACAGAUGCCCCGUCGGUCAGUAGUGCGAACAGGAAAAACCGCGGCCGGCAAGCAAAUACGCGCACAAGAAAGCUUACCGGCCGCAAAAUCGACGGGAUAAUUUAUAGCAUCAAUAGAAAACUUGAAAUGGGGGUUAUCGAAGCCGCGAAAUCUUUCUUGGGCGUUUCGGACCGGAAAUACCUUCUCGAGGCGUUCAAGAUGCCAAAAACUCUCCGGGACAUGUAUACUGAUAUGAUGAUUGCCGUAAACUAUGAACGAGAAAAAGCAGACAGAUUACAGGUGGUUGGAAUCUUACAUCUUGGGCUGUGGAUCCAAUUUGUAAGAUUGUGGCGUGCAGGUGGUUCUGUUUGUAUUUUUCGAAAAGACCCGAGAUCAUUCAAUGUAGAUGGCAAGUUCUCGAAAGAAGGAGUAAGAUCUUUUCUUAAACUUUUAAUAGCAAUUUAUCAAUACAAGUUGAUUAUUAAGGAUAACCUACAAGUCUUGAAUGUUUUGGGUAAAAAUAACAAUGAUAAUGGAUCAGAUGAUGACCUGGAAAAUGAAUUGAUGGAAGCUAGCCGAAGUUCUACACCGCCACCCACAUCUAGAAUUGGAUUUUUUGCUGAUAACACCAAGACCCCAAGGAAGUUAAGGAAGAAAAAGCCGGUAAAAAAGAGAAGAUUGAAUAAGGACUAA